CUCGGUUCUAGCUGAUUCCUCCUUUGGUCGACUUAUAGAUACUGGAGUAAAUAUUCGAGCAAUACUUUCCUGGGUUGAAAUGGCAGAGUGAUGCCAGGUCAGAGCUGAAAAAAAAUCUCAGAGAUCAUCUCCUCCCUCAUUUUUCCAGAUGAGCAAACUGAGACCCAGAGAGGUGAAGUGACUUGCCCAAAGUCACACAGCUCAACAGAAGCAGAGAUCUUUCUCCUGGCCUGCCCUCCAUGUCCGGGAGCUGUCGUCGUCUUCAAGAGGACCGGUCGAAAAAGUUCUGGAGACGGAUGACAGUGAUGGUUGCACAACACUGUGAAGGUACUUAACGCCACUGAACUAUAUACUUAAAAACGGUUAAGAUGGUAAAUUUUAUAUUAUGUGUGUUUUACCACGCAAAUCACCCCCCCUCUCCCGACCCAAACGUAACAGGAGGACCAUAUUUUGCUGACCCUGCGUUUAGAGCCAUUCGAUCUAGCACACAGAAAGAGAGGAGGAGGGAAUAGGAAAUUCCAUGUGUACAAUAAGACAGGGACUUUGCCCAAAGCUCGAAGGCAGUGAGACAGAUUUCUCGAGUAUUUAAAAGGAGUAUCAUAGUUGGAGUGGGGUGGGGUUCUGGAAAGCUGCAGUUCAUCCUGGUGAUAUCAUCCCAUGCUCUUUAGGGAUAGAGAUACCCAGAGUUUAUAGUCACACUUUCUGGCAUAACGAUCGGAGCAGGGAUUUUCUCCUCCCUCCCGAGGCUUGGGGAACCUCUGCAGCUGUCACAAGUGUUCGUAUCAGAUGCAGCUGAAAAGCCAGCCGGUCCUUCCUUCUUGGCGACUGGUGAUGCUUCCUGUAGAUGAUCUGGUCUCUUCCCAAGGCUAGAAACUCCUAGUGUUUUGGUUAUUAACCACAACAGGUUCACUGGCUAAAAAGGAACAGCCGCUAGUCUGAGUCAGCUGUUGCUGCACCUCCUUGCCAAGAUUCUUGUGCCAUUAGGAUUUGCUUGUCAGCUGGAGACCUGGGCCCUUCACCUCUGGAAACAAUGCUGCUCUCAGGACCCCAAGCCACAUUUCUCUCAGUGGUGUGGAAAACGUUCUCCAACUUCCCAGCUCUAGCCUUGGCAGCCCUCAGCGUUUCUAAGACCUGGAAAGAGCCUAAAGUCUAACCGUGGCCUCCCAUCUCCCUGGGGGAAGCAGGUCUCCGGUGUGUUUAAUGCUGUUCUUAGAAAAGAGUUAGCAUAUCCAGAUCCAUUUAUAUGAUCGUGCCCCAUCUGAAGCUGAAGUCGGAGGAAAUCUAAGAGCUCUCUAUUGCAGCUGAAAGGCGGGGCUGGUGCAGAAGGGCCACCAGUCAUGUGAACUGCAGGCAUGGCCAGGAGCAGCCUUGGGCAGCGCUGGGUAGUUCGGAGUUUCGUGCUCUCUGUUGGAAGGAAGAUGGCAUCAUCACUUGGUAGCGAGCGCUCACUCCCCCUUCCCUGUCUCCAUGGAUCCCGCCACCACAGAGGGCUCUGAGUGCCAAUAGCCUCUUAGCAGCCAGGAUGCGAAGAGCAAGCUGAAAACUGUCUUUAGAAAAGGAUGGAAUUCUUGGUUUCACAAGGGCCUAGGAACCUCAUAGAGAAGCCAGCCUUUUGGGACGUUCCUCUCUCUGAGCUGGGGUAUUUUGAAGGAAUAGAUGGAGGAAAAGGGAGUGACUAGCUUUGGGUUGUGAUCGGCCAGCUUAGCUGUCUUGUGAGCACCCAUGGCAGAGAACUCUUCCCCUGCCCCACCCCAGGUAAGAAAAGUGCAUAGCCCAGAGCUGGUUUACGUCCUCUGCCUCAGGAAGUGUAGGGUACGGGGACCCCCACCUCCCAACGCUGAACCCCUUAAAUCUGCUUAUUUUCAUGUACCCAUGGAGGGGAGUGGACCUGUGAUGCAAGCAGGAUUAUUUGGUCAUGAGUGUCUGCUGACUCAAUCUGGAGAGGCUUUUGAAGGAGAUGAGAUGAAAUUUCAUCUGUGCUACAGAGAGCAGGGGUGCAUUGCUGGAUGGAAAGAGGUCUGGAGGCCGGGUGUGAGCCAAGGCUACAGAUGCACAUGUUGAAUGGAGCUCUUCUUGCCCUGCUGUUUCCUGUGGUAAAUACGCGGCUGCUCCCCUUUGAACUGGAGAUUUACUACAUUCAGCAUGUUAUGCUCUACGUGGUACCCAUCUACCUGCUCUGGAAAGGAGGUGCUUAUACCCCGGAGCCCCUCAGCAGUUUCCGGUGGGCCCUUCUCUCGACUGGCCUCAUGUUCUUUUAUCACUUCAGCGUCUUGCAGAUCCUGGGCCUGGUCACCGAAGUGAAUUUGAACAACAUGCUGUGUCCGGCCAUCUCAGACCCAUUCUACGGCCCCUGGUAUCGCAUCUGGGCCUCGGGACACCAGACUCUCAUGACCAUGACCCACGGGAAGCUGGUCAUCCUGUUCUCAUACAUGGCUGGGCCCUUGUGUAAAUAUCUGCUGGAUUUGCUCCGGCUUCCAGCCAAGAAAAUAGACUGAAGGUGCUUGUGUUUUUUUGUUUUGUUUUGUUUUGGGGUUUUUUUUUUUUCUUCUGCCCCUGAGGAAACAAGUCCUGACUUGACUUGGAGGACACCCAGUUCUUGAUGACAUCAUGGGAGAGGGCAGGAGGACGUUUGGUGUGUUUCUUUUUCCUUCCUCUCUGUCCCUUUCUUCCACCUUCCCUGGCUCUUCCCCCAGGACGUCUCCUGGAGCCUGGGCUGUAGUGCUGGAGCCUGGGCUGUAGUGCUGGAGCCUGGGCUGUAGUCCUGGAGCCUGGGCUGUAGUGCUGGAGCCUGGGCGGUAGUCCUGGAGCCUGAGCGGUAGUGCUGGAGCCUGGGCGGUAGUCCUGGAGCAUGGGCUGUAGUCCUGGAGCAUGGGCUGUAGUGCUGAGGGCCACACGUUUCCUCCUUCCCUUUACCGCUCUCUCCCUGCUCCUCAUGGCCUUAAAUGGCGAGGCAGUAGUCAGUGGCUUUCACUCUGCUUGUUGCUGCUUUAACAACAUCUGGUUGAGGAGAAAGGGAACAACAAGCAGUAGUUCUUUUGGCAUCGAAGCGAUGAGAUUGGGCUGUGUUUCAUUUCUCCACUGCCAGGGACCUCCAGGCUUAUGCUGGGGUCCCCUUUUGUCUCCAGCACAGCCCUCACCAUAAGGGGACUGAGGCCUUGUUUCUAUACCAGCGGCAAGCCGAGAGCCAAGGGAUUUCCCAGCUCAUGGCCAAAAGAGAACUGGCCAGAUUCUUCCCACUGGUGUCCCAUGACUCAAAGCAAGCAGCCAGCCAGCCACUCCCUCCAGAAUGCUGCCAGAGGUGGGAGGUGUGGGGCGCUACUCAGCCCAGGGGCUAGAUUCCACUCUUGCAAUGGCAAAUCCAAAGUGCACAAGGUUGAAAUGUCCACAGCUAACGCUAGGCAGGACCUUGGGUAAAUUCUGCUUGAGAGCUGAGAACUGACCCAUAUCCCAAUCAGAAGUGAGCGUAGACAUUAGUCAACAGCAGUGGUAACUUGAGAAAACUGUGAUUUGAGUCAUAUGCUUGCUUUUAGUUUAAUGUUGAUAAUAGAUGACAUUUUAAUUUUGAGUGCCCCUUAAAUGUUCUCUCUCUCUUUUUUAAAGGCAGCUUCAGGGAAGGAUGAGCUAGAGUUGGGUGUUUUGGCUUUGGGGGUUUUGUGUAUUCGCUUGUCCAUUUGCUUUUGGAUGUUUGAGUUCGGAGAAUCCUUGCAUUAGGGCCUGUCUCUGGAGGGACACCUGUUGAUCCGUUUCGUGGUUUUACAGCAUGUAUCGGCAUCCUAGGUUUGGGAAUAUACAGAUCCUGCAGUGCUGUUUCCCUAGGGCCAGGUGUCGUCACUGCGGCCAGACUCAGAGCUGAAUUGUUUAGCGUGGGGGGCAUCACAUGCUCCCCACCCCGAAAGCCCACGUCUGGGUUGAAAGGGAGGUACCAAAAAAAUCAGGUCCCCAUGGGUGGAGGUUCAAGUGCUCUGAAAGGGAGACCUUUUGUUGCAAGGCAGCCUCAGUCAUACGUGGACCUCAAGAAGCGAGGUGAUGCCAUUUGCUGGCUCUUUGUUGGUUCUUACUAAGAAUAGAUUACUUAAUAACAGAAAAGAUAUUUCUGUGACCUCCUCUGAUGGGCCCCCCUCCCUCUCCCACUCUAGGCAACUCGGUUGCCCUGGGCCCAUUCAAUAUUUCAGGUGUUACUGUAUCAGACUUAGAUUGAGUUUCAGUGACUCAGUGGUCAUGAUUUUAGCAAGUGGACCUACAGGAGGCAGCAGGAUGGGGAAGAGUCUCUCCUAGCAAGGCGAGGCCCAGGGAAGCAACCACGGCGGGGCCCAUCCCUUUGCAGAGGUACGCUGGCAGUGAGGUCAGCAAUCCCCAGGGUGUGGGGGUUGCAGGAAGGGGGAACACCGAAUGCUCUGGCUCCCCGUGAGCUCCUCAAGAUGCGUAACCUUCAUUUUCUGCCAUCUUUGAGGGUUUGGCCGAAUUUUUCUUAGUGCCUCUCAGCCCUGGGUUGCCCUCCGGAAGAGGCAGCUCUUGAGGGGCUGGAUUCGCCCCGCCCACGGGCUGCGUGCAGGCAUGGCUGAUGAGGCAAGACCUCAGUGCCCCUUGGCCUCUUUGCAAAAGGAAAGGGGCUCUCUUCCUCCCUGUCUCCGUGGCCUGGUGCGGGGUGCCAGUCAGCUCGAGCUUGCCUUGCACUGGCGUGCCUCUAAAAGUUCGCCACGCUGGCUGGCACUUUUCUGCUGCUUAGAGGGAAAGAAGAAAGUGGAAGCUAUGUGCCGGGCUUGGCCAGGCCAGAGGCACGUGCACCUGUCCGGGGGAGGGGGAUGAGAAGGGGAGACGCAGGGCUUCUGGGGGCCAGAUUGGCUCAGAAACAUGUGGGGGGAAGGAACAGAGAGCAAGUCCCGUCCACAGGUUCCACAGGGCGUCGUGGCCUGUAUUUGAGGUGUUGGGAAGCAGCAGGCGUCUGAAUUGGUCUCUACCUGACUCUUACCUUGGGCCAGGCCCAUGCGGAGAGGUUACCUGGCCAUACCCUCGGCGGCCUGCCUUGGAGGGUGGCCCCUGCAACAGUGGGCCCAGGCUGCCCAGCACGUCCCCUGGGCUUUCCUGUCAGCGCCAAGGAGCUUCCCCAGCCAUCCUGGCCAAGUUUCCAUGUGCCAUUUGCCAGCAUGUGAGAGCUCCGUGUGUGUCUGGGAGAGUGUCUGUGGAAGUGGACAGUUUCUUUUAAAAUGGCCCCGGGAAGGGAAAGGAGUGUUCCCUCCAGCCCCCAGCUAGCCUUGGCUAAGGAUUGGCCCAGUGAGAUCAGGGUGUACAGAUGGUCAUGCCUGCUUGUAGGCCCCCAUCUCUUCUCCAUUCCCCGUGGUAUUUGCUUCUGUACACCAAAGAUGAUCUGGCCCAUCUUCUUCCCGGAGGCCCAGUGAUGUGGUCCUCUGUCAGCUUGCGAGGAAGCCACAGCUUCUGUCCCCCGAAGUCAACCUUCUCUCUUUCUCCUGGGACUUCUCAGCAUUCGCAGAAGCUGCUUGCAGCGUGGCCAGGAUGUGUGGGGCGUCGGGGCCCUUUCCCGUCUGGUACCUCACGUGCAGCUCUCAGAUCAUCCCUUCGGCUGCAGCCUCCAUCGGGGUUUUGCUGUUAGCGCUUGUUGAUACUUCAGUGUUCAGUGGAGCGGGCACAGCUGCCCAUGGAGAGCAGGUUGUCAGCAUGUCUCUGCGCGCUGGUGUUGGGGGGAGGCUGGCAGAAGACCCUUCCUCCCCCUCCCUUGGCCAAAAAAAAGACUUCCAUGGAUUUGUACGUGUUGAUCCCGAGUCAUCUGAAGGGGAGAUGGGGAGGCGGGCGAGGGGAGAAGAAGGGCCAGCGUGGCCCCUACAAGACAAGAUACUGGUGCUGGUUUUGGUAAAUCGGGAGCCAGGCAUAAGGGAGGUUGUCUGUCCCGCAGGCCCUCGCAUGCUCCUUGGACAACCAGGAAGGGGCGUCCUCACUGCACGCCCUGCCCCGCCCUCUGGGGUGGGGGGUGGGUAGGGUCCAUGAGAGGGAGCAAACCUUCCUCUUCUGUAUAUAGAGUGAGCCACUUGUGCUCAGGAAAACCUAGUCGCUUGUUGCUGCUCUUGUGACAUUUUUGUACACUGGUUUGCUACUCGUGGCACGAAACAAACACAACAAAAGAAGUCAUUUCAAGCCGAGCUGUUGUUUUGGAAACCUGCUUUCUUUCAGUGUCAGUGUUGUGUUGUAUUUGGAUGAAUUCUUCAUUUCUAUUGGUGUUACUGUGAUAGAAUAAGAUAGUCCGACUUGUAAUUCUUUCUGCCGGGAAAUUGGCAUUGCCUCUGUCGUCGCCCCGACCCCGGUCCUCCCUCAUUCCCAGGGUGGGAUUGCUAUGCGCUGGGCACACCCCUCCCUGGCGCCCGCCCCCGCAGUGGCUGCCUUUAGAACCGGUCUUUGUGACCCCCCUAAACAGCUGCAGGAUGAGUAUUUUUGCCAAGCUGGGUCUUGGGUGCUCUGUGCCCCUACCAGUUUGCUCGCCUCUUGGGGCAUUUUGUAAUGUUUUCUCUGUUUUGUAAAACCUUUUGAUUGUACCACAGUGGUUUCUGCAGUCACCUUCGGAAAUAAAUGGUCAUUAAUUUGUGUACUUAGCAUUCUGAAUUUUAGUCUGAAGUGUUUCUGUUGUUGAAGAUCCUUGAAUGAAAAGGAGCCCUCACCAUGGGACUCACUGUUAAAUGUUUCCUUCAUUUACUGCUAUUAAAAGGUUUAUGAGAA